AUGCCACCAAUCCGCAAAACAAAGGAGAAGCCGGCGGGCAACGCAACGCUGCUCGCCCUCGGCUUCACACGCGUCGACAGAGACGUGGCGCUAGCAAGCGCCGCCAAAGUGCAGCCAGGUCUGCCGCCUGAACCCAUCGAGGUCGUCGCGCCCGUUGCGACCCAAGACGCGAAUACUGCGGCCGCGCCGAGUCAAUCUGGCCUUCCGAAGAUGAUCCCGAUGUGCAAAGGAGAGAAAGUGGCCUCAUUCUACAACAACAGCGAGUGGGACGAAAGCCACCGGAUACGUUUCGGGACGAACACCACCCAGCUCUCGUUCGGUUCCGGCUUUGAGUUGAAGGACGAGCACAUCGCGACCCUCCUUCGCAUGGGCCCCGGCGCCGCCACCAGGAAGCUAACGCACUUCCUCUUCGAGUUCAGCGACGCAUCGUACAGCGCUCACAACUCAGCCCAUGGUCUGACCGAUGCGACCAUAACGCGUCUCGCCCAGGCCUGUCCAGCCCUAAAAGUCGUCCAGCUUCAGAACGCGAUACACCUAACUGACGCGUCCCUGAUCGCCUUUCUGUCUCACUGUCCCGCCCUCACCCAGCUCGAGCUAACGGGCGGCAAAGUCUCCGGGACCGCCUUCACCGCCCUGCUGGAAUACCCGGAAUGGUGUCCCAAGCUCAAGAAGCUGGAAGUCAACAGCAGCGCGGCGAUGAAACCCAUGCGCGAGCUGAGCAAGCAGCGCGACAAGAUGGUGGUGCGGAUGAGUUCCAGAGGCCAGGAGAAGAAGUGGGGGGAUUGGGAGAUGACGUAUAACUACGAGGACUAUAAGAAGGGGCGGAAGAUGGACAAGUACAAGAACUUUGGUCCGGGGCAUGAGCUUUGGGAUGAGGAUGAGUUCAGGAGUCUGACUAGGACGGUCAGGAAUAUGAGCGGUCGGGGCCGGAGAGGCAGAGGCGGUGGCGGUGGCUGGAAUGCGUCGAGGCGGUGGUGA